AUAUCAAAUAUUUGUUCGCAUGGUUCUGAUUAAUCUCUCUAUUUGUACGAUUAGAUUGACUUUGAAGUACUUGGAAUUGUUUUGCAAAAAAUACAGCGUGUUUCAAAAAUAUUGCCUUGAAAUAAAUGAAAUGUUGUACCCUUUUUACUACUAAAAUUAUCAAUUUUGGGUAUUUACGUUUAUUCUUAUCUUUUAUGCGGAGUAGGUAAUAUAUUUUAUUAGAAGAGUAGAAAAUCCUUCGAUUUAUGAUCUUACGGAUCUUGCGAUUUGAUUUUUUUUAUUCGUUUUCUAUGACAGCCCACAUCCAAUGGAUGGUUUCCCUCACAACUAUUAUAUUUUGUAUGAAACUUGCAUUUGUAGACUGGAGAAUUUCAAGAGGGACAAAUUUUUACCUGCUUUUUCGCCAGCUGGCAACCGAUCCCUUUUUCUCGUUUCCUUUUUGUUCGUUCCCCUCAGUCUAUUCUGAGCCUCUGAGCGAAGCAGACAAAUUUAGGGAGUUUUUGGUGAAAAUCAAGUGAAGUUCAUAAAAUGCUGACUCUUUUUGACUUGCCAGUCGAAGAUAUUGUGGCUGGGUGUAUCGCGAAAUACCUUACAGUCCAUGAUAUCUACAAUGUGUGGAGGUGUGAUGGUCAAUUUUGUGUGCUUGCGGAGAAAAUGCUUCGGCAAAUGGAAAAUCUGAAUUUGAGGCUUCUUCAAGGUCCUUGUUCUGACACAUUUACGUACCUCAUUGGGAAACACUGUCGGUCUCUCAAGAGAUUUACAACGAAGAAGAAUGACUACCUACUGGGAUAUUUCAUUGAGAUUCUCGAGAAUAAUCCUCUUCUCGAGGAAUUGGACUUGAGCUUUAGCAAGAUUGGUCCGAAAGGGCCUUUUAAAUUUCAACUGAGAAAGCUCGAACGUCUAUGGAUGACAGACACGAUAUUAUCAAAGGACUUCUUAGAAGCAAUCUCUGCUCAUAGUCAUGAUCUGAAAAUUCUGAACAUUUCUCGGAUUACCAUGACACCAUUUAUUGUAGUGAAUGAAUUCAUCAAGAAGGUGCAAAGCUUGACAGCCAUAAUUGCAGUCCGGAUGGAUUUAAUUUAUGAUGAGGAUGUCCAGCGUGGCAGAGUAAAACCAAUCAUGCAUUCAUCUUCAAAAUUGGAGACUUUGAUUAUCAGUUAUAAGAAUACGCCUCACUCGCGAUUUUUGUCGCCCUCGGGAUUGGUAUUUGAAGGAAAGCUAAAAAUGCCUAAGCUUAAGCGAAUUAUUUUCGAACCUGGCGAUUCGAAUAAAGAAAUUAUUCAAUGGGACAGAGAAUCAGAAGGUGAAUUUAUUUCUCGCGCCAGUUCUAAAAGUAAUCUUGACCAAUGCAUAUCUGAAUUGUCUUUGAUGUGUACUUUGAAAGAUGCUUAAACUUGUUCUAAAAACUAUAUUUGAAAUGUAUGAAGAUUUUACAUAAGUGAUGUUUGCCUUAUCACAUGAAAUAAAAGUAAUUAUUCAAUCUGCGAGCUCUCGUCAAUUUUCUGAAAGGCUUUUUACUUUUUUUCUUGCAAAUAAAUGUGAAAACGGAUUUACAUGUUGUGGCAAUG